GGAUUAUCAGAAGGCGGGCGGAUAUCGAGGGAGUGACACAUGGCUCCCUAACACAGCACCCUUCUCCGGGUCGGUACCGUCCGGUCGUCACCGUCAUGCCGGUGUUCUUCUCCCCCGGGCCGCAGACGCUGCGCGCCGGGCUGUCCUACGUCGGGAGCGCCGUGUUCGCAAACAACCGCACGAUGGACAGCGACGUGGCCCAGGAGCAGGACGACAGAUCAGCGGUCCACGAGCUGGUGUCCCACCUGCCGCUCCAGAUGCUGCUCUACUUCAACAUGUUCUACUUCCCCUGCUGGUGGGCGUCCGCUGUGGCCAUGCUCCACCUCAAGGUUCUCCUGAAGCUGGAAUGGAAGAUGAAUGUCAGAAACCUCUUCUGGAACCGAAAGAGAACGACUCUGGACUCAAAGUGAAUCUGGAGGACUAGGAAACUGCUUGAACAACCACAAGGAUCAACUGCUGUCAAGUGCAUUAAUGGUCCCAUAUUAUACCACCACGUGUCUGUGAAUAGCCAUUCCAAGCUGUUUUAAUAAAUCUGCCUCUUCUGAAAGUUGGCGCGUCCACCUAGAUGUGUGCUGGAUAGAUGAGCAUGGUGUUAUAAUAUGUCACCGUUGUGUUUUGAGUUCUCUUGUGCAAUUGGAGCAGAAUUGAAGAUUAUUUUUUAAA